UAAUGUCGCAUUCAACUCCCAGAAUGCUCUAAUUAUCUUGCCAUUCAACCCAAGAUGAUUGUUGGGGUAUUAUUAAUCUUUAUCUUCCCUUCUCUUCAGUUAUGUUGGACUUAUACAAUUGACAUAUAUAAGUGUAUGGUUCCUAAUGGAGUCAAAGGUUUCUGCCGCACAGAGAGAGAAUGUUUUGGCUACAAGGGGCCAAUUAUUACACAAGACUGUCCUAAUGGCACCUUCUGUUGUCCAGACAGUGGAAUUAGUAAGAGAAAAUGUGAGGAAUAUUCGGCUGCAGUGUUUGGAACUCUGGAAGACCAACUUAACACAGAAGUGUAUGACGAUAACUUUGAGUCAAACUGUAAUAUUGAAGGUGUGCCUCUGAUCGUAGGAGGAGUAGAAGCAGCACUUAAAGAGUUCCCUCAUAUGGCAGCCCUAGGAUUUGGAUUAACUCCAAACACUGCCAAGUGGUUGUGCGGAGGAACACUGAUUAGUGAGCAUUUUGUGUUGACUGCUGCUCACUGUCUAGACCACUUCAGUGUGGGACGCCCAAAAUUUGUCAAGUUGGGCAUGGUGAAUGUACUCAGAGAUUACAGUAAGAAUGUACAAAUCCAUAAAAUUGACAAAACAAUUUUCUACCCAUAUUACAAUAAAACUGUGAAAAUGAAUGACAUUGGUUUGAUCAAGUUAGAGGGAAAGGUCCAAUUCAAUACAUAUGCUCUCCCUGCGUGCCUAGACUCUGAAGGAAUAAUCAAAGAAGCAAGAGCAAUUGCGACUGGUUGGGGGAAGACAAGAAAUGAUGUACGAGAGGGAUCUGCUACUCUCCUGAAAGUAACUUUGAAUAUAAUAGGAAUAAAUGACUGUAAGGUUGCCUUCAGUAGAAAGAGAAGAUAUGGAGAGUUAGAUGAGACCAGGAUGUGUGCUGGGGACCUUAAAGGUGGAAAGGAUACUUGUCAAGGAGACUCUGGAGGGCCCAUCCAGACAAUUCUAGAACAUCCCUUCUGCAUGUAUCGGAUUGUAGGUGUGACUUCCUUCGGCCUGACUUGUGGUUUUCAGUUUGCCCCAGCCAUCUAUACUAGAGUUUUUCACUUUAUCCCUUGGAUAGAGCAUAUGGUGUGGUCUGAUUAAUCUUGCUAGUACAUUUACUUCUCAAAUUAA